UUAUGUAGAUUGUGUGGAAUGUGGACUGAUUGGCGCACACAAGGAAACUUACGACAGUCCAUUUAGACGGUUCAGAUGGCUUAUAACAGGCCGGAUCAUAGGAGUCCAUGGCCACAUCGUUGAUGGAGCAUGGCCCGAAAAAGACACGCGUGGGAUCUUCUCAUUGAAUUGGACUGCCAGAUCAUAUCCUAUCCGACCGCUCAUUUGAUUGCUACCAUUUGUACGGCUGGCAUCUUCUGAUCAACACGGAAACGGUGAAUAGAUUCCAUACAUCCCGACAAGUCAUCUCAUAGUACCCUUAGGUGCCAAAAAUCAGCCGAUCCAACUCUCAGGUGGGCCACGGGACAGGAGGAAUGCCAGAGAGGAUGCCCGCCCUUGAUUUGCACAGUGGUCCACCUGAAUUGCAAAACAACCUGAGUUUUCGCUUGACCCUUCAUCCAAGCCAGAUGAAGAGUUGGAACGGUCUUGAUUCCAAAUACACAAACAAGGUGGGCCGUCCACGCAAAUCAAGGGUGGGCGUUCCCUCUCAACUUGUACCCGUGGUGUAGCCUACCUGAUUCACGGAUCAAACUGAUUUUCAGGAGGGGUAUGCACUGACGAACCUGAUGGACGGGUUGGAUUUCAUUCAGGCAUCACUUGGGUAUCAAGUGCAGUCUCACACGCGUGUGAAAGAAGGGCACGUGUAAGCUGCAACAGGAAACAAGGGCACUCGAGGCCACAAAGCAUUUGAAGCGGGAGUCCUCAACGCAUCUAUCUGAUCUUUCCUCCUUUCAAACGGACGCGCACCUCAUUUUCUCGCUUGCUGCUGAUAUGGAAACCCAAACUCCUCACAACAAGGGAAAGAGUAAGAGAGCGCGAGUCAGCCCUCCUAUUAGUGACCACCACCUGUUUGCUCAAAUGCUCGCAGCCUAUGCCAACAUCCAAACCCCUUUCUCCCAAUCUCUCCUCCUCAAAUGCCUGCAGAAAAUCCAUCUCUCCCUUCUCCAACCACAAUUACCUCAACAAUCCUCCCUUCACGAAUUUCUGCCCGAUGCCUUGCUCUCGUUGCUUCCUUUCCUUCUCAACACCAACUUCCCCAAAAUUGCUGCUUGUAGUGGAGAGAUUAUUGGAGCAGCCGCUCUCUACUCGUUUGAAGCAAAUGUGAGAAUAGCUUCUGAUAAAGAAACUAUAAAUGGUUUGGUCGCUGCCCUAGGGAGUCUCUCCAAGCAAGUAGUAAUGGCUGCCUGUAACGCAAUAUUGGAUUUGUCAACAACUUCAAUUGGAAGAGAACAACUUCAAGAGUCCCCUGCUGUGGAGAAAUUGUUGUCUGUAUAUUGUCAGAUUGCUACCGUUCCUAUAAAAUCCGUUUCUCAUUGCAUUGUGGAAAAGGGAAGCAAUAAUCAUUCCAAAAUCAGAGUUGUGGAAAAUAAGCUUCUAGUGUUGGUUCUUGAAGCUGGGUCAACCCUCAUCAACACCUGCAGUGCAGAGCUCUUGGAAAGAAUCCCAGGAGAGUUGUCUGUAACAUCUCUGUUUUACUUAAAAGAGAUAUGGGCCGAAGUGCAGGGUAGGGGUGCAGAUAGCAAUCAAGAAAGAAGCUGUUCAUGCAGUAACAUUCAAACGCUUGAUCUGGCUGAAACCAUUUUUAGGCUGGCUAUGAAUCGUCAUCCCUAUACAACUUGCACCUCUGAUGCAGUUCAAAGAAGCAUAUUUGGCGGCGUAGAAUCCGACUUCGAACAUUUUAUAUUAAACUACUGGGAGGAUUCACCCCUUCUGUUGAGGAGGGCAUCAAAGACUUCAGAUGAUAAAGAUGAUAUUUUCAGUUUAUUGGUUCGAUCUUUCAACUCUAAGACUAUUGAUGCAAUUCUCGUCUCUCUUUUAGGGGGGUUGGUUGCUUGUCCACCUAUCGCCUCAGAUGAACUGGACAUCCUUAGUUUCCUGAAAUAUGUGAAAGGUGGAUUGGGUUGUCCGAUAAUGUAUGGCCAAGAUAUACGGGUAGUAAAAACAGUAGAGUUGGUUUCCACGCCUGAACAGGGCCAUUUAAAAAAAGAGUUGCAUUUGUUGAAGGACGGUAUGGGUUUCAGCGCCAUCAAGAGCUUGGAGUUUACUGAUAGUGACCAUGUGCAGAAAUGUAAAGAAGCAUUUCACAAUGGCUAUACCAUUGCCUUGCGUGGGAUGGAGUUCCGGUCUGAGAAUGUAUCUGCCAUUGCGGAUAGGUUAGAGAUGUUAUUUGGGCAACCGUCAGUAGGUGCCAAUUUGUACCUGACCCCACCUAGAUCUCAGGGUUUGGCUCGGCACGCUGAUGAUCACUGUGUGUUUGUAUGCCAACUUCUUGGGAAAAAAAAAUGGGCUGUUUUCCCUCGGCUGACAGCCCAACUACCUCGACUGUACGAACCUGUUAGUGGUAUGCCUGGUUUAGAGGUUGGUUGCGAUGCACAUGUAGGCAAGAAAUUUUUGCUUAGUGAAGGGGACAUUCUGUAUAUUCCUAGAGGUUGUCCUCAUGAAGCACAUACAAUCCCUGAUGAUGGUGAAUCUCAGAUUGAUGAAACGACUGGAUUUUCCUUGCACUUGACACUUGGGAUUGAAGUGGAGCCUCCAUUCGAGUGGGAGGGUUUUGCUCAUGUUGCUCUUCAUUGUUGGAACCAGAACAAGAACCAAACAGCCCAUGAUGCAAUCAAUUCUACAUCAGAAAUACCAAACAUCACGUUCAUAAAUCUAUUGCAUGUUGCAAUCAGGCUGAUUGGAGAUCACGAUCCUACCUUCAGAAGGGCUUGCAUGGUUGCUGCAUUUUCCUUGCCAUCAGAUUCUGGAAGUGAACAUCGCCUCUUCCAUGCCCUAGAUCUGAACCAGAGGAUUAUUUUCACUUAUGUUAUUGAUAGAAUCAACACCGGAUCCUGUUUCCUGGAAGCUUUCAGGACCGUAGAAGCGGCAGUUCGUGGAAAGAAUGAUGGUUCACUCCAAUGGAUGAGAUGGCUCCGCCACCUUCCUCAAGGAGCGACAGAUGAAAAGACCGACUUCAAUAACCCGUUGGAAGCGUUUGAGGACCUUGUCCUAUUACAUAGUGGCCAUACAGAGGAAGCCACCGCUACAUUUAGACAUGUGAAGACUCGAUUCUGUACAGGAAUAGUAUAUGAGGAUGUCUCUAAGAGCUUUGAGAUGCUGUUGAAGAAGUACAAGAAGACCAGAAAGCAAUAUACAAAUGGGAUGCUUUCACUACACUGCACAAAGUAGAAGACGGUGUAAACUUAAAAAUCAAUGGAUGGUGUUGCUGGUAUGUUACAAAUGGCCCAGACAGCUUAUGUUAUCCAGCGCCUUAACAGAGAAGGAAAAGAAGAAUGGCAAAGGUCAAGCCAGAAUAUAUUCAGGUACAUUCAACCAGAACAGUUUCAUUAAAUAAUACAUCAUAAUAUUUUUUCACUAAUUCAUUAAAUAAUACAUAUCAUAAGGAGGAGAGAAAUAAUACAUCAGAGGAUCUUAAGCUAUACUUGAGUGAGUGCAGGCUCUAUGGUUUUGGAUGUUUUGGAGACGGCGAAGGGUGUGUUGUCACUCCAUGGUAAUCCACGUUGUAGAUGAGCCCUUCUUCUUCAUUGCUGUCCUCGAGUUCUCCUCCUUUGAGGCCUUUUAUGUCAGAUCUUUCCGUCCCUCCAGCAAUCUGGAUCAAUACCCAUAAUCAGAUUCUGAACCCUUAAUUACUAUACUGGCCCAACGUAGGUUGUCAUUCAUUUAAUUAGUAUAUUGGUUUAUACCAGAUUAGUUUGUACUUCGUAGUUUGUCCUACCCAAAAAAUGACACUUUUGUUCUACAGAUCUCUUUAUAUAAAUCAUCGUACCUUCAUUUC